AUGGUCGUCCCUGAUGUUGACGGGCUAAGCGACGCGACGAAAGCCGCAAAAUUGACAGGUGGGAAGUCAGAAGCUGCGGUCGAAGUACUUGACGUGCUCAAGAAAGCGAAGUCCUUCGGCAAGGCGAAUCAACCACUUAACGUUACGAAGGGCGCAAACAGGUCGCCAGCAGGGAAGAAAGACACCGCCAAAGGUUUGGAUGAUGGAGAGAGCUGCCCAUCGGGAUCAGCUUUCUACAGCUGCGCCAACGGCUUCAAGGGCUGCUGCUCAGUAGAUCCGUGCAGUCCAGAUGGCAGCUGUCCAGGCGGCACAACCUCGAGCACUACAGCCACAAGCACGGCAAGUUUGAUGACAACAGGUACGUCGUCAAUUACAAGUACUACGCAGACAUCAUCGCAAGCGAGCAUCUCGAGCACUUCAACAACGGCGACUUCUACCGCAUCUAUCAGCUCCACUUCGACGUCCAACACAACCGACUCAGUUUCAACCACUCCGUCCUCCACUACGGAAUCGCAGCAUGACACACCCCUAACAGCAGUAUCCAACACAACCUCAGCAACCACUUCGACGUCGUUCACAUUCGCCACGUCUUCAAAUUCGGUAACCUCGCUGGCUACCCCAGCGCCUGCUUGCCCUGCCGGCAACAACACACUCUAUACCGACAUAGACAAGAUCCAGUAUACCGUCCACUGCAAUGCGGACAACUCUUUCCAGUCCAACGGCAAUGUCACUGUGGGCACUGGCGGCUACGGCGAGUGUUUCUCUGCUUGCUCUGCAACCUCAACUUGUGCGGGCUUCACCUACGUUGGCUUGGAUAGCGGAGACUGUUAUCUGAAGCAACAGAUGCCAGCGGCUUCAUACGUUGGUAAGAGCGGCAGGAACUACAUCUCCUGCUCGAAGGUUAUCGCCACCGCCGCCGCUUCUGCAAUGACGGCGCAGUCUUCCAACGGCAAGAAAGGUACAACGGGUGCCAUAGUGGGCGGCGUCAUUGGCGGCGUGGCUAUUCUUGCCUUGGUACUUGUGCUUGUGGCACUCUUUACCAGACGUCGCCGCAAGCAGCUCGAGGAGCGCCGAGCGACAGGCACGCACGUCUUCCACGGGCCUGUCGAAGCCGUCGACAUGACCCAGUCUAGCCCGUUGAGCGGGCACACACGAUCAGGCAGCACCGCACACGACGCUUUUGCGCCUUACGGAGGUUCGUACUCCACUCCCACGCAUACGCGACAGCGCAGCUUCUACAGGGGCUCAGACAGCAUGGCGGCUGACCAACAAGCCGCACGGGAGGCCGAGAAGGAGCGGAAAGCGAGCCACUUCGUACCAGACCGACCGCCACCCUCGCUGCCGCUCGGUGCUCGCACGGAGGGUGGUACUGGUGUUCUGCCUGCGGCAGUUUAUCAGCGGCCAGGCGUUACCGGCAACCCCUCGGCGGACACUGUUCCUAUGCUCGACGGGACACCGGUGAAGCGACCUGCAUCCCAGGCAUCAAGUUCACGCUCUCCGCGCUUCAUCGAGCAUUUGGCUGAGAUGGAGGACACAUCGAUCUCACCCUGUCCAGGCAUAGCCGGUGGCCAACGAUACUCAACAGUCGAGAGUACAGACUCCCCGACAUUGGGGAGGGCCUCAGAGGGCUCUUUUUGUCGUUCUGGACCUUCAGUCGCCGACGAACUGCGGCGGAGACAGCACCUCAUGUCCUGGAGCACGUACAACUCUGGUGGUCGAGGAAUAGCGGGCAGAGGAGAAGGGACGGAGGCGACAAUCGCACCAAGAAGACCGCCAACCCAGCGGGUUGAGGGACAAGUCAGUCCCAAGUCGAAUUCUGGAACGAUAGACAGCAGAUUUGUUGUUAGUCCGAUGGCCAAUGUCGAUUACGGUAGGCCUGCGUGGAGAUAG